GACCCAGGAUGUGACGUCACAACGUCUUAAUGCCCCUCACAAGCAUGGCCGCGUACAGGAGCGUCGGCGUUGGAAGGAAUUUUUCUGCACUUCUAGCAAGAUCGUAUCCUGUGUGCAGUUAUCAUGGAGCAGGGCUCACCAGACCGCCUCUUCACAAAGUGGCCAGAAGUCCCGUUCCACAACAAACAAGCACUAUGUUUAUCAGAAACAUGUUUAUUCAGACCCAAGACACUCCGAACCCAAACAGCCUGAAGUUUCUUCCCGGUCGCGUUGUGCUGGAAGCAGGGACCAUGGACUUCGCUGGGCCUAGAGAGGCUUAUUGUUCACCCUUGGCAAGGCAGUUGUUCAGAAUAGAUGGAGUCAAGAGCGUCUUCUUCGGUCCCGACUUUAUAACCAUUACUAAGUCUGAUGGCCAAACGGAGUGGAGAGUGAUCAAACCGGACGUCUUCGCCGCUAUUAUGGACUUCUUCACCUCCGGACUUCCUGUUGUCAAUGAGGCAGACGCUCCAAGCGCAGAGACACAGCUCCUUCUGAGGAUGACGAUGAGGUGGUGGCUAUGAUUAAAGAACUGCUCGACACACGCAUUAGGCCCACGGUGCAGGAGGAUGGAGGUGACGUGUUGUAUCGGGGGUUCGAGGACGGUAUCGUGAAGCUGAAGCUGCAGGGCUCCUGCACCAGCUGUCCCAGCUCCAUCAUCACGCUGAAGAGCGGCAUCCAGAACAUGCUGCAGUUCUCGUCCCGAGGUGGAAGGAGUCGAGCAGGUGAAGGAAGAGGAUGUGAACGUUGAAAAGGAAGUCCAGUGAUGUGAGGCUCGGCUGACUGAUGCCAUUGCUUUCUACAUAAUCAAAUACCCAGCACUCCUCUUUGUCAUCAACGUACAGUAACGUAGAAGGAUGCUUGAGUUUUCUAGAGACUACUCACUCACACGGCUGUUAGAAAAAGGGGCAAAAGCGUGUGUCCUCGCACUCCUUUAAACACAUAUUAGCUACAGACCUUCUUGAGACGGCAAGUGUGGAGGAAAUGUUUUUAGCCUGCGCUUGUGCGAAGGCGGUGUUUGUUGGUGGGUCGGUCAUCCGUAAUAUUUUAUAGAUUAUCACUCGUCGCACUGGUUAAGACAUAAAGCUGAAUUUCAUGCAUUUGUGAAUAAGUUGCAAUAUGCAUUAGACGUAUGUAAAUAUCUUUAAUUGCUCUGCAGGAAUCCUUAUUGUAUCAUGAGUCAGAUCUACAUUUUUAAAAGAUUACAGUUAUUUAAUAGAAUAAAUUUGUAAGCUUGAUCAAUAACGAGUCUUGUUUUUCAUUCGACGGGAUACACUAAAUAAAUAAACAAACACAAAACUUGAAAUAAUUUUCAUUCACAAUUGCAAGUACUGUUCUGUUGGAGUUAGUACUUUGUAAGAUGAAUCACUGAAUGUGAAGUACAUCUAAAUAAACAAUAUUAAAAAUUACUUAAAAAUA